CCAUGACCCAGUCAGUUAUGGAAGUUAUGGAGUCCUUGAAAACCUGGAUUCCCAAGUCCCAUAUCUUUCAGAUUUGGGAACAAGUAUACUUUCUAAUUUGGAGCAACGUCUCUCUCUAUAUGAGGCACUAGCCAAGGAUAGCUUUACCAAGCUAUUACGGGUGAACUAACCCAUUUCUUUAGAUCUUCAGCCUUCCAGCUUUGUGGGUUCUCCAAGCUUUCUUUCUUCCUUCUCUUGUUUCUUUUUUCCCAAUUUUCAGUGGAAGGAGACUGAGACCAGUUUUGUGGGUUCUCCAAGCUUUCUUUCUUCCUUCUCUUGAUUCUUUUUCUUAUUUUCAGUGGAAGUAAAGGAGACUGAGAAGUACAGCGGAUGUUGAGCUUGUUGAGCACUGCAAUUGCAGGAUUUCAGCAAGGAUUUCUCUCUGGAAUAAAAGGCAACCAGGUACUCUAAAACUGAUGUAUUCUUUCCUGUCACAGACAUUGCAGAAGAUUACAGGUGCAAGGUCAGCUUAGCCACUUUACUGGAUUGGUAGAUCGAAGAGAAGAAUCGGCUUUCAGCUUUUAAUGGAAAACCAGGUCGCAUAUAGAUAUGGUCCGUAGUUACCAUGGUUUUCCUAUGGAAUUUUCUCUUUUAUGAUCCAGUCUUGCGAGAAAGCUUCUUUGAAGUGAUGCGUUACUUUAUGGGGGCACUCAACGAUCAACUCUAGCUCUAGUGGCUUAGUUAGAUCAAUUUGAUAUUCUUUAAUACCAUCGUAGUUCUGGAUAAUCUCUUCUUUCUGUUAGUUAUUUGCUUCUCCUAGAUUUGUUAGGAAAGUGGAAUCUUCAAGAAUAAUGUUAAUCAAUAGCAGUGAAACUGCUGAAUUACCCAGAAAACGCUCAUUGGGUAAUGAUAUUGCUGAUGAUCCUCUUAAGAUUAAGUGCCAUAAGGUAUCUACACGUCAGGAUUUUCCAGACGGUUGUGGACAAUUGGUACCAAGAACUGGGACUGGAGAAACUGUUGUUGCCAAUGGUGGUGUUAAGAUUGGGAUGAAUAGUGUGAUUUCUGGAGGACCUGCCUCUACCAAGUUGCCACCAAUAUCAACUCCUGAACCAUUAAAAAUUUCAGUUAAGGUCGAGUUGCCCGACUCAGUAGAAACUUCGAAAACUAAGAGCGCAAAACUGCCGGAAGAUUUAGAUAGGGUGAUUUCUAUCAAGCCAAUGGAAGCUGUAGAGCCAUUAGUGAAGGCUUUCAAACCCCAGACCGUGAAGGCACUUGAGACUUCUCAUCAGGUGGAAUCAUUUGAAACCAUGAAAAGUGGAGAGCAGAUACCAUUGUCAUUGCCUGAGGCAGAAUCGCUUGGAAUGUCAAAUGGUCUAAUGCAACCCCAAACCGUGAGUAGUCUGGAAUUGAAGUUACUUGGAGAUUCUGUUCUCCCGGAUAUUUUGGAACAGCGAAAGACUCCAGAUCAUUCUCAACUGUCAUUUUCUGUUGUUAAGGGUGCACCUAAAAAAUAUUCUCCUACAAGAGGAAUCUUGGCCACCCGAUAUUUUCUCAGAGGACGUAUGAGGAACAUUCAACAUGUUAGUGAGGAAGGAUGCCUGAAAUUUGUUGAUAUUACCAAAAAAAUGAGUAUGAAUAAUGAGAAUCCCAUUGGGGAAUCCAGGGAGACAGUCGGGGAUAAAAAUUUACAAAAGCUAGCUUUUGUGAAUGAAGAAUAUCUUAUCUGUAAAGAUAUGCCUGCUAAGGAGAAAUUCAGGGAUGAAAGAUCAAAAGAGUUGGAUACAAGCAUGGUUACAUUUGGUGUUCAAUCAUAUAGUGACAAAGGUAUCUAUGAGAAAGUGAAGGAGUCUGACAUAUCCGAGGAGAUGGUCAGUCAUAAAAAAUCACAAGAGCUAGCUGUUUUCAAUGAAGGAUAUGCUAUUGGGAAAGACAUGCCUUCCGAGGAGAUGGGCCAGAAUCGAAGAUCGAAAGGGUUGGAUCUGGACCUGACAUCUGGUGUUCAACCUUUGAGUGAUAAAUUUAUACGUGAGAAAGUGAAGGAGACUUUACAUAUGUACCAAGUGAUCUAUAAGCAAAUCUUACAUGAGCAGAGUGAGAAUAAAAAAGAUGGGAGACCUACGAAGCCAAUAUAUCUACUAGUUGCAGAUCGUCUCAAGAAGGAAAACAAAUGGGUCAAUGCUGGGAAGCCAAUUUUCGGAUCUGUCCCCGGGGUUGAAGUUGGUGAUGAAUUUUAUUUUAGGGCAGAGCUUGCUAUUGUCGGUCUUCAUCGGCAUUUUCAGAGUGGUAUUGAUUACACAAACGAGAAUGGGAAAUUUCUCACAACAAGUAUUGUAGCUACAGGGCGUUAUGAUGCAGAUGAACUGGACAAGUCUGAUGUCUUGGUAUAUUCUGGUCAAGGAGGAAGGCCAAUGGGUGGAUCUAAGCAAGCAGAAGAUCAGAAGCUUGAGCGAGGAAACCUUUCACUGAAAAACAGUAUGGAUGCAGGAUCUGUUGUUAGGGUUAUCAGGGGAUUUAAACAAGCAAAGGGUCCUCAUUACUUGGACCCUAGGAUUAAGACAUUUUCGAAGUACAUUUAUGAUGGACUGUACUUGGUGGAGAAAUAUUGGCAGGAUAUGGGGCUUUAUGGUGCUUCAAUAUUUAAAUUUCAGUUGAGAAGGAUUCCAGGCCAGCCAAAGCUUGGUUGGACAGAAUUGUGUAAGUUAAGAUCUAAAGUAUAUGAAGAUACUUGUGUAUUUGAUAUUUCUCAAGGGAAAGAGAAGAUGCCUAUCCGUGCUGUGAACAAUGUAGAUGGUGAAAAACCUCCUCCAUUCAUAUACACAACCAAGAUGAAUUCAAAAUGGUAUAAUCCUGCUCCUCAUAGGGGUUGUGAUUGUACUGAUGGAUGCUUGGAUUCUAAGAGAUGUUUAUGCGCGAUGAAGAAUGGUGGUGAGAUCCCAUUCAACAAUGAUGGAGCUAUAUUGGAAAUGAAGCCCCUCAUUUGUGAGUGUGGUCCUUCUUGCAAGUGCCCUCCUUCUUGUUGGAAUAGAGUCAGCCAGCAUGGCAUCAAAUUUCCACUUGAGAUCUUCAAAACCCAAUCAAGGGGUUGGGGUGUCCGAUCCCGAACUUUUAUCCCAUGUGGAAAUUUCAUAUGUGAGUAUGCUGGGGAGCUACUCAAGGAUAAGGAGGCUGAAGAAAGAGCCAACAAUGAUGAGUAUCUAUUUGACAUUGGAGGUAACUAUGAUGGCCCCAUCCAUUGUGAUGGACUCCUCUUGAGUUCUUGUGAAAGUAUAGAGGAUGUGGAUUUUACCAUUGAUGCGGCAUUUUAUGGCAAUGUGGGGAGAUUCAUCAACCAUAGUUGUUCUCCUAACCUUUAUGCACAAAAUGUUCUCUAUGAUCAUGAUGAUGAUAAAAUUCCUCACAUAAUGCUUUAUGCUGCUGAGGACAUCCCUCCCUUACAAGAGCUAGCUUAUGAUUACAAUUACAAGAUAGAUCAAGUUCGUGAUGCUGAAGGAAAUAUCAAGACGAAGAGUUGCUAUUGUGGUUCUUCAAGCUGUAUAGGAAGGUUGUAUUGAGUGAAGGAUUUGGGCGUUACAGCAUUGUGGAUUGUAGCACACUCAGCUUCUGUGGUGUCUUUGGUGCAAUCCAAUCAAAUAGUAUCCAUUCGUUUGCUUACAAGAGUGGACCUUUCUCCCGGCCUUUUCUCAAUUUGAUCUUUUAGAAGAUUUCGCACUGUUAUAGGGAGGCAAAUCCUAUUGCGGACUACUUGGCCAAGGAUGUGGCAAAAUCAGGUGUCUCAGCUGUUUGAUUUUGCAUCCCAUAUCAUUGAAGAGUUAGCUAUUAAUGCAACGACAAGAUCUAGAUUCCAUUUUCAUAAGUUGUGGUUAGAGGUCCUAUUGAUGGAAUUGCUGAAGGUGGGGUCUAUCGUUCCCGUGUUGUGAUUGUUUUGGCUUUGUAAUUUUUCUCUUUUUCUUUUGAAUAUGAUAAGAUCUUUUAGCAAUAAAAAAAAUGUUGUAUUGAUGUUUGGGAGAACAGAAAGCUACCUUAAAGAAUGUUGGAAAGUUAUUUUAAAAAUCAUGUAAACAUUGGGGCUGGUGGACUCCCUAGGAUUGAUCGA